CGCCCCUUCCUCCACUUCGCACGAAGGCUCACGAAGGCCUCACCUGGUGAGGAGGAAUCUGGGUUGCAGUCCUGGGCCAAAUGAGGCUGCUCUCGGGGCCUGUGUGGCUCCAGGUGGCGGCUGUCCUGCUGCGGGGCUAUUGUGGCUCCUCCUUCUUGCACUCCCUGCGCUACUUCUACACAGCCGUGUCAGAGCCCGGCCAGGGGCUGCCCCAGUUCAUCACUGUGGGGUUUGUGGAUGACCAGCUCUUCCUUCAGUACGACAGCAGCACCAGGGAGGCCCUGCCUCGAGCCUCCUGGAUGAAGAAGGUGGAGGAGGACAGAGCCGGUUACUGGGUCAGGGAGACCCACAACUUGCAGGGGACGCAGCGGGUGUUCAAAAAGAAGCUGGAGAAUGUGCGGGAUCGCUACAACCAGAGCGGAGGGUUCCACUCCCUGCAGCUCAUGUACGGCUGUGAGCUGACGAAAGACGGGUGGAAAGGAGGGUAUUGGCAGUAUGGCUACGAUGGGAGGGACUACAUCAGCCUCGACCUGGAGACACUCACGUGGACAGCAGCCGAUGCAGCGGCCCAACUGACCAAGAAUAAAUUUGAGGCUGAGUACAAUGCUGCGUACAUGGUGACCUACCAUAAGAAGAUCUGCACUGAGUGGCUGUGGAGAUACCUGGACUACGGGAAGGAGGAUCUGCUGAGGACAAGUGAGGAGCCUCCAGUGGUGAAGGUGACGCACAAAGCUGACUAUGACGGCAUGGAGACCCUUGUCUGCCGAGCCCACGGCUUCUACCCGAAAGAGAUCGAUGCUGUCUGGAUGAAGGAUGGGGAGGUCUGGGAGGAGGGCACCUUCCAUGGAAUUAUUGCCCCCAACUCUGAUGGGACCUACCACGCCUUGCUUGGCAUCAAGAUCAACCCCAAAGACAGGCACCGCUACCGGUGCCACGUGGAGCAUGACGGCCUAAAGGAGCCUCUGGAGGUGCCCUGGGAGGAACCUGCAUCCAACAUAGCACUCAUUCUUGGGUAUGUUCUGGGGGCCAUCCUGCUGAUAGCUGCUGGAAUUGCUGGGAUUGUGUUGUACAGAAAAUGGCAAGCAGGAUACAGAGAAGCGCCAACAAGUGACUGAGGGUCCGACAACUCCAGCAAGGUAUGACCAACAAUGUGAGCACAACUCAGACAGUGGGGCUUCCAGUGGAAGAGGCGUCCAUCCAUAUUCUGAAACCUUCAGGAAUUUCUUCUGUCUUUGGAUCAUUUCUGAUUGCAAGAGAGCUUGGCUUGAUGGGAUUUGCUUUCUACCAGGACUGCCGCCCCCUAGGGCACAUGUGCACCUGAAGAAAUAAUUGUAGGACUUUCACCUGAUGAAAGAAAUCUUAAAUCAAUGUUAAUAUUGUGAGUUGAAAUCAGUUAAUUGAUCAUCUGCGCAUAGAGUUGCAUAAGAGAGAGCUCUUAAGAAAACAAAGACUAGGGGGUGUGGCCAAGACGCAAUGUUAAUGGCCGCUUUCUGAGAGAGCUCCGCAUUAGGGCAGAUGGAGGGCCUCUCCACUGGCCUUUUUUCGGGAUCAUAUCCACGGUUCCUCUCUUCCCCACGUUGGGGGAAUGCUCACUGGGCACAAGAAAACCAAAAAUGGAAGCCUACCAGCUUUUUUCUGCCCACGCGAGUGGGGCAACAGAGACACUCAGCAGCAGCCGUUGGUGGGAAAUAAAAUGGCGGCUCCUCGGUUGCCGCCUUCUCAGAUGGCGUCUGCAGGCCCCACUUCGACUAGUGACGGUGUAAACCUCCAGGAGGAAUUCGGCCUACAAUUGGCCCCCUUGCAAAUGGUCCUCACGGAUACUUGGAAAGAACUUAUGCAACCUCUAGAAGCUAAACUGGAUGAGGUUAGUAAACGUGUAGACGGAGUUGCAGAUACAGCAACAGCAGCCUUUGAUUUAAGUACGGCCUGUAGCAAAACACUUAAGCGACUAAAGCAAGACAAUGAUUUACUCAAGGCUAAGGUGGAAGAGAUUGAGGAUCAGGCCCGUAGACAGAAUUUGCAUGUCCGUGAGAUUAGCAAGGGGGAGGAAGGAGAUGAUAUGAAAGAAUUCCUAGCUGCAUGGUUGAAACACUGACUUAGAAUGUGCUCACAGAGCUUUGUCACCCCAGCCAAGGGAACAAGCCUCCCUCCCCAUGGGAUAUUGUUCUCUGAUUUGCUCUAUAUGCCACCAAGGAGGCUGUGGUCUGAAGGCACAUGAGGCCAGCUCCCUGCUGAAGCUAAGCAGGGUCAGGUCUGGUCAGUGCCUGGAUGGGAGACUGCCUGGGAACCAAAUGUAAGCCGCCUUGGAUUUCUAUCAUGAAAAGAAAGGCGGGGUAUAAAUGCAAUAAAAUAAAUAAAUAAAUAAAUAUUUGGCGCCAGCUACGUGCCCUCAAGCACAUCACAUACAACAACCAACCUGUGAUGAUAUUACAGGAUUUGUGACCAUAAACUCCAAGGCGACGCACCACUGGGUGACCCUCGUCACAGCACCUAGCCCUGCCCACCCACCCCACCCCACCCUGCACUCACGGCAGCUUUGCUCUCCACAUCCAGGGCGCUCGUGGCCUCAUCCAGCACCAAGACCUUUGGGUCGUGAAUCAGGGCCUGGAGGAUGGCCAGGGGCUGCUUCUGCCUGACGGAGAGCUGUCCUCCCUUUUCUCCACCGUCUGCAGGGAGGCAGGAAAAUGAAAAAGAGGAGGAGGAAGGGAAAAGCCGGCAUCCUAAAGCCUUGUUUCCAGAGCAGCAGGGGUGGUGGUGGUGGGCAUACCAGCUGAACGUUAAGGAAGGGGAUUCGCAGGUAAAGGAGGGUCUCAAACUUCUCUGUUCAUUCUAUGGAAUGGAGGGAGCUGGGAAGGGGGCAAUGAAAAUGGGAGUUGACAAUAGGACUCCUGGUUCCUUCCUGAGGAAGAGUCACAAGCAGGGCAGCCAGAAGCCCUGGAGGAUGCAUUUCAAACCCUGCCCUCUUUUGUGCCUGAUUCCCGCAUUGUCACAAACCUGCUUGGACCUUGAGGUCAGCCUCAGAUACCCCCAAGAUCAAUUUCACUGGUGGGCAUGAGAGAUGAUGGACCUUUUUGGUAGUGGCCCCAUGCUUGAGGAAUUCCAUUUCUAGGGAGAUACAUGCAGCUCCCUCCUCUACUGGCUUUUAAAUGAACCCUGACAUUGAAAGAAAAAGAACUGCUUCAAGUGCUCUGUAUUGUUUUAACUGCAGCUGUUCUAAUGUCAUCAUAUUUUUGGUUUAGGUCAUGGUUUCAUUAAUAAGUGAUGUACUAUGGUUUUGAUAUGAGUUGCCCUGGGAAAAUUUCACCCCGAAAGAAAGCAUAUAUGUUAACUAUGAGUAAAUAAUGUCAGGGAAACAGAGCUCCUGUGAGCAACAAGAAAAACCCUGUGUGGUCAGGCCACAGGUUCCCCUAGUGGUCCUGUCCUUGUCACAGACUUCCUGAGGAAAGUCAUUACUGAUAGCAAUUUCCAUGUUGAAAUUGGGGGGGGGGAUCUGUUUUGCUCAAAUCAUGGUCAGGUUGGCCUAAGUCUGUGGAAGCCAUUUUCCAAAAUGGCCACUGAUGAUCCUUCUGCACCAACUAUCUAUGCACCAUGUCAAACUCUUUCAAAUUUGGGCGUAUUUUAAUAAUAGUAAAGAAUAAAAUACAUAUUUUAUUAUAACAUAA